GGAACACUCUCAAAUCUCAAUACUGAAGUCAGAAAGAGAAAGUUAUAUUUAUAGAAGCUCAUUCCCGCCCCUAAGAAAAAUCACAUCGAUAAACCGUAACUGAUAAACAAAUAUUAACGUACCAUAUUAAUAAAAAAAAAGUGAUUCGUAAUAAAAAUUAUCGAUAUAAAAUACACAAGUGAAUAAUCUGUUAAUAAUAAAAAAUAAUGAUAAGAGACGCUUCACAUGCGCACAUUGAAAUAAUAAAAUUUCGUGAAUUUACAACAACAAUAGUGUUAUCUUGACACAAUCAUACAAGGAAUCAUAAAAAAACUAAACAACAACAAUUGGUAUUAUUCAAAGUAUUAUAUUAUUGAGCAUUUAUUUACCUAACAAUCAGUAUAAACUUAUACAAUUUUCAAAGGUAUUAUUAUUAUUUUUUAUGCAUUUUUUUUCUUCAAUUAUUUCAUAUAAUAUUUUUAAUUUUUAUUUUGCCUAACUGUCAAAAACGUGUGACAAGCAACGUGACUAACGGCAGUCAAUGAAAUAGUGACGCAAUUGAAAGUACAAACUCAAAGAGUAUUCAUUUUUUUUUUUUCAUAUUAUAAUAUAAUAAUUUCACACCUUCACCGAUUCCAAGAACAAUUAGUUGUCGGGUGAAAUUGUAUUAGUCAGGAUAUAGUAAUAAGAUAAGAAAUAUAUAUUUUUUCAUAAAUAUACAACAAGCUUGAAAACAAUAAUAAAAAAGCACCAUGGAAGUUGAUGGAGAUUAUCUUGGUGCCUAUCGUAGAUUUUUUGCUGAUUUUAUUGAAAAAGUAAAUCCAGAUGAUCAACUACCUGUAAGAACAAAUGGAUCCACUAUCACAGAAGGCGAACUUGUUGGUGUUGUUAUUGACAUAACACUUCAGUAUCUCAAUCAAAAAUUUUGCCCACCAAGCUUACAGUCUUAUAUUGUUCGCAUAGUAAUUGAAGAAAUGAAAACAAUGUCAAAAUUACAUCCAGAUCAUUGUGGACGAAUUCCUCAAAAAAAUAUUUACACAUCAAUGAAAUUGAUGCGUGCAGUAACUGGAAAAAUAAAUGAUAUUUGUCAAAGAUAUUUGGAAAGUAACAGUCGACUUGCUUUAUUACCACCACCACCAUCAACUCCACUUCCAUUGACAACAGUUUUUACAUUAAAAAAUGGUCGUAGAACAAUGGAAGACCGAUAUGUUAUUUUACAUGAUUUAAACACAAUGUUUAAUAUUAAAGAUGAUAGACUAGCAAGUUAUUAUGCAGUAUUUGAUGGUCAUGCGGGACAAGAUGCUGCUGUUUAUUGUGCAGCACAUCUUCAUCAGUAUUUAGCAGAAAGUAAUUAUUAUCCAACUGAUCCUGAGCGUGCAUUACGUGAUGCAUUUGUGACAACAGAUGCACAUUUUGUAGAUAAAUCAAACAGAGAUAAAUUAAAUAGUGGAGCUACUGCUGUUUGUACACUUAUUAUCGAUAAAAAACUUUAUGUUGCUUGGGCUGGUGAUUCUCAAGCUGCAUUGGCUAAAUCAAAUGAGGUCAUACAACUUGUUAAUCCACACAGGCCUGAAAGAAUGGAUGAGAGAGAAAGAGUUGAACGAAUGGGAGGAUCAGUAAUAUUUUUUGGUGUUUGGCGAGUUAAUGGACAUCUCGGUGUAUCACGAGCAAUUGGAGACAUUCAGUACAAGCCAUAUGUCACAAGUGAUCCAGACAUUGUUUGUGUUGAUUUAGAUGGGACUGAAGAUUUUUUAAUUGUUGCUUGUGAUGGUCUUUGGGAUGUUCUUGAUGAAGACACUGCUGCUGGUGUUGUUUAUGAACAACUAUGUCAAAAUCCUUACGACCUCGAACUCAUAAGUCGACGUUUAGUAGAUUAUUCAAAAAAACAAGGCUCAUCCGACAAUAUAACUGUUAUUAUAAUAUUUUUAACACCACCUUGUGAAAUAAUAAAAAGAUCAUACCAUUGUCCGCAAAUAGCUGACAUUAAACAACAAUUUAAUAUGGAACAAGAUAAUAAAUAUGUAUCAACAACAAAUGGACAAUAUGAUAUGAAUACUGAUACUAUGAAAAAUACAAAAAUUCAUGAUAAUGGUGAUAAUUAUGAUAUUGAAGGUGUUGAUAAAAAAAUUAAUGGUAAACAUGAUAAUAAUGGAUUAAAAAAUUAUAUUGUUGAUGAUGAUGAUGAUGAUGAUAAUGAUGAUGAUGAUGAUGAUUUUGGGCCAGAGACAAAUGUUGAUGCUGUUGAUGAUGCAUGUGAAAUAUCAUCAAGUAAUAUUAAUAAAGUAUUAUUUCCUGAUAAUGAUUUAAUAAAACAACAAAAAUCUAGUGAUGUUGAAAUUGAUGAUAAAUUGGAGAUCGAUGAUAACAAGCCAAAAGAAAAGAAUGAAGCUGUAGGUGAUGCUGAUAAUGUAGUUGAAAGUGAAGAUUCAGACGACGAAUGGAAUUAUUAUCGUGCUGAUACAAGUAACAAUAAAAAAGUUGAAUUAUCAUCAUCAACAAAAUCAGUAGAAUUAAAUAUUGAUAACAAUUCAGAUAUUGAAAAAUUAAAAAUUGAUGUUGAUAAAAAAAUUGAUGAUACUGUUACUGAUGAUAAUUUGAGUGAAAAAAUUGAUUUCAAAAAAGAAAUUGAACAACAAAUUGAAGAAAAAGAAGCUGUCAGUUCUAGUAUUGAUAACAGCAGCAGCAGUAGCGAUAAUAGCAGUAGCAGUGAAGACGAGUGUGAUAAAGAAAAUUUGCCUCCAGUUAAGCUUGCUGAAAAUAAUACAAACGUAUCUCAUCAGCUUGAAGAAAGUCUUGAUCAAAUACCCGAGACUUUUAAUUUAACUCAACAAGAAUCUGAAGACAUGGAAUUUCAAUUAAAUCCAAACGCAGCUGAAUUUAUACCAGUAUCACCAGUACCAUCAGUACCAUCAGUACCAAUGCUUCCAAUUCAUCAUAAUGAUGUACCAAUAACUGGUUCACCAGUAUCACCAGGAUCACCAGUACAAAUGCUUCCAGCUCAUCUUCGUGAUGCUCCAAUAUCUGGAUCACCUCUUAAACCAACAGCAAUUAUGGAUGACAUACGUUUACCAUCACCAGAAGAAUUUAAUAAUGAAGCAAGUCAUCGUCCUGGUGAAAUUGAUGAAAAAUCAUUAAGUAAUUUAAGUACACCAACAAAUGGUAAUGAAUCACCAAAUUUAUCAUCAUAUAAAAAUCUUGAUAAACAAAAAUUGUUAUUUGAUCUUGAUGAAUCAGAAGUAUCAUCAACACGUGCUGAAUUUGGUGAUGAAUCAACAGCAAGUUAUUUAACAACUAAUGAUUUACAAAAAACAGGUGUAUUUGAUGGUAGUUUUACAUCAAGUUUUAUUAGUAAUCAUGAAAUUGAUCCAAUGAUGAUGUCAUUUGGUCCUGGUGAUUUUAAUCCACUUACUAAAACAGUUGAUUUAAAUGCUGUACAUGAUUUAGAUGAUACUGAUUUAAUUGGUGAAAGUGAUACAUCAAGAAAUGGUAAUGGUAACUAUCGUGAUAAAGAUGAUGAUGAUGAUGAUGAUGAUGAUAGUGAUAGUGUUAAUCAUCCUGAACUUACAAAUUUAAGAUCACCAGAUAUUGAUCAUUAUAAAAAUACACAAACGUUUCCUGUUGAUGAAACAGAUAUUAUGUUUAAUAGAUCAAUACCAGUUUGUAAUCUUAAUCGUGAGGAGUAUACAGUUACUGAUGAUAUAAGUAAUCAAGUUGCAGCAAUGAAUUUAGCAAAUUCACAACAAUCAUCAAAUAUUUUUUACAAUAAAAAUGAUGAUAAUGAUGAUAAUAAUGAUGUUGUUAAUGUUGAUGUUGAGGAAAAAAAUAAUGAUAAUAAAAUUGAAGAAAAACAUUAUGAUAAUGAUGAUUUCAUGAUGUCUUGUGAUGCAUCUAAAAAUAUUGAAAAUAAUGCUGAUAUGAUUGAACAAGUUGAUCUCAUGUCUUCAAAUAAUGAAAAUGAAUUGCAACAUGAACAAAUGGAUCUUAUGUCUUCUAAUAAUGAUGAUAAUUUUAAUGAAAAUAUUAUAAAUUCACAGGAGACUCUUAUGACACCUGAAAAAGUUGUCAAUCAUGAAAAAUCAUUUGGAUUCGAAAGUAAUGCUGAUUUAUUAGCUGAUGAACCUGUUAAUAGUUCGAUUGAUACACCAGUUGAUUUAAAAACCAUUGAUGAUGAAAAAUUGGAAAUUAAAACUGAAGAAAUUAAUACAAUUCAUAAAGUUGAAGAAGAAAAUAUAUUUAAAGUAUCUGAAAAAAUACCAGAUAUAGUUUCAAACACACCAGAAAUAGUUGAAAAAGAAACUCAAAUAUUUGAAAAUAUAGUAGUUUUAGAAGAACAAAAAAAUCAAAUAAUUGAAAAUGAAACUCAAAUAAUUGAAAAUAUACCAAGUUUAGAAGAACAAAAGAAUCAAAUGAUUGAAAAUAAAACAAUUGUAGAAGAAAAAUUAUCAGAAAUAAUUGAAAAUGGUUCUACAAUGGAAGAAGAAAAAUGUCCAGUUAUUAAAAAUACACCUGUAGAAGAAAAAAUACUUGAAAAUGUUGAAUUACCACAAACUAAUGAUGAAACAUCAUCUAAAAUUGUUGAAAAUAUUAUUGAAAAAAUUCCAGUUGAUAAUUUGCUGGCAAAUAUCACUGAAGAAAAAACAGUAAUGAAAUUAUCUGAAUCACUUCAAGAAUUUACAGGUCUUGAAAAUGAAUUUAUACCAUCUGAUAAAGAACAAACUCAGCUUCCAAUUGAAAAUAUUGAUGAAAAAUCAAAAGAUAAUGAAACAACACUUCCAACUAAAGAAAAUGAUAAAAUUAUAGAUAUAAAAAAUAAUGAAAAACCAAUUAAAAAAACAAGUGCAUCAUCAUCAUCAGCAGCAGUAAAAGUUGAACCUAAAGCAAAAUCAGUAAAUGCAGUUAAAUUACCAGCAAGUAAAACUACACUUAAAGUAACUAAAACAGAUGUUAAAACAUCAUUAAAAGCUUCACCAACUUCACCAUCCAAAACAACAGUAACAGCAAAAACUUCUGGUACAGUUGGAGUUGCAUCUAAAAAACCUAUAACACGUCCAAAAACAGUUGAUGCUUCAUCAAAGACAUUAACAGCUACUUCAGCUAAACCGUCAGUUGCAAAAUUAUCAACAACUGCAAUUAAAUCACCAACAACAAAACCAGUUUCAACAUCAACAACAACAACAUUAAAAUCAAAGACUUUAACAUCUGCUCCACGGCCAUCAACUUUAAGUACAAAAACUGCUGAUAAAAAAGUUGCAACAACAAAUGGUGAUGCUACUAAAACUGGUACAUUAAAACCAAAACCAGCAUCAAGACCUCUAGUCAAGCCACCAACAGCAGCAUCACGUCCAGCAACAGCGACGACAACAACAACAAAACCACGUGUUCCUUCAACUGUAUCAUCAACAAAACCAUUAACAACAAAGUCAACUGAUGUUAAAAUUCAACGACCAAAAACAGCACCAACAACAUUAGGUAUUGCAUCAAAAACAACUCGUGUAUCAACACUAACAAAAUCACCAGUUAUUGAUAAACAAAUAAAAGAAACAGCAAAUAAACAAAUAUCAAAUCGUACAUCAACAAUGACUAAAACAACACGAACAACAACAACAACUGCAUCAACAUUAACAGCAAGACGAACUACUGCUACUGCUACUGCUACUGUUAAAACGACAAGUGAAAAAAAAGCAGUAACAACUCGUAUUAGUGCAAAAAGUGCAACAGCUGUUGCUAAAAAUCAACAACAAAAAAAAGCUAUUUCAAAAGUCAUUACAAAAACUGAAAUACAAAAUGGUAAUUGUGAAAUUAAAGAUGAUAAUAAUGUCGUCAUUCAAGAGGCUAUUGUCAAUGAGGUAACUGAAUUGAAAAAAGAUCCUAUCUCAUUUCCGGAUACGACUGAUAAUCAGUUACUCAUCACUGCGGAUUAAAUUUAAAUUUUAUAAGGUUUUUUUUUUUUUUUUUUUAAACUAUAAUAUUAAACAAUGAGAAAUAUGUUCGAUGCUUUGUGUGAAAAUAUUUUUAACACUGUCUGUUAUUUUUAAUCGAAUAAUUUACCAGUUAUUCUUUCUCUAUUUUUUGGAAAAAAAAAAAAUAUUCAAAUUAUUAUUAUUCUAUCUUUAAGAAUCUGAUUUUUUUUUUUAUAUGCUUGAGACUUUUAAUUUUAUGAAAAGCAAUUGUUCUUUGAGUUAUCUAUUUACAAUUAAUUAUUAGUAAACUUUUCAAUGAUUUAAGAGUAAUGAAAUUGUGCUUAUUAAAAAUGAACUAUUUCAUUAGAAUGCAAAGAAUAAAAAAAAGGAAAAGAAAAUAUAUAUUAUGAUUAAUUCAUAGACGGAAUCAGAAAAUCCAAAUGUAAAUAAUUUAAUUGCUUUUUUUUUUUUUUUUUUUUUUUAAAUGUUAUUACUGGCAUAGUGGUAAUUUAAAUUUUCGAAUAAAAUACGAUUCGAGUGCAAAUUAUUUCAAGAAGUCAUAUUAUUUUAUUGUGGUGCUCAAUUAACCAUCCUGGG